CACGCUAAUAAGCAAGAUGAAUCCUGAUGAUGACGAAACUAAUGAUGGUCCGUUUCAGACUCCACCUGACACACAAUCUGAAUUACUGUCUCAAGAUGGAGACAGAAAUAGUCAGUAUUACUGCAAAAAGUGUAAAUCGCCAGGUGAUACUAAAACUAUGAGCAGAUGCAGUACCAAGAAGUGCAAAGCUUAUUUCCACUUUGCUUGCACGGGGAUGCCCGCUCACAUGCUUACCUAUAUUAGGCGUGUGAAUGGUGCCAAAUAUAUUUGUGAUGAAUGUGAAAUUGCUGAUGCAGAUAUUAUCCGCGAAUUAUGUGAGCAAAAUGAACCUAACCGGAACAAUGAGAAACAUGAACAGGAUGUAAACGAUAUCAAUCAACUAAAAGGAGCCAUAGAAAAUAUGGAAAAGGAAGUAAUCAAGUGUAUUAGAGAUAUCAAAUUCCAAACACAAAAUGAAGGUAGAUGUACCUGUGCUGAUGAAAAUGAACUAAAAACAACGAUGGACAAACAGCGGGAUGAAAUAAUCUCUCUGAAAGAAUGUAUUAAGCAACUGAAAUCAGAGAUAAAUAUUCGUGUGAACGAAUAUGAGCUAUUGCUCAAAGAACAAAGACUAGUCGUCAAAAGCAAAGAACAAGAACUGAAUAUGCAUAAAAGAUACAAUGAAAAUGAGGAAAAGAAAUCAAACAAGCUCCAAAGUGAGUUGGAUCAAACAGUUGAGCAACUCAAGAUGGCGAAGAAAGAAAUCGACAAAGUAAAUGAAGAAAAGAUCAAUAUCAAACGACAAUGGCAAGCCAGUGAAAGUGAUGGUGAAUGGUGGGAACAAAAAAGAUACACUCAUACUAGAGGAAGGAAAGAAGGAAGAGAUGAUAGAAAAUGGAGUGAAUAUAGAGGAAAUUAUCACAGAGGAGAGGGACAAUGGAGAGAACGUAAGAGGUUCACUUGUGAUAGACGAGAAGAAGAAAGAAGCCCUAUAAAUACAGGAGGAGGAUUAGAACAAAAAAGAUACAGCCGAUAUAGCGACGUUGCUGCCCCAUAUCGUGACGCUGACCGACCGAGGAAUGGUCAACCUCGACAUGCUCGAGAGAUAUCACCACAGAGGAAUGCACGAAAUGAAGGAAAUGAGCGAACGACUGAGGGGAUGAACGCAAUACAUGAGGAAAGAAACGAUCACGAGUGUGAUAUGAGUAGAGAUAAACAUAACAUGUAUGAUGGAAGCAGAGGGCAAAUGAAUGACAAAACCGAAAAGAAAAUGAGAAAAGUUGUAAUAGUUGGAAAUUCACAGAUAAGUGGGAUUGAUCCUGAUAAGUUUUCCCAAAAUGUUAAGUUACAUAAAGUAAUUAAAUACACAAUGGAUGAUGUUGAGUCUUGGUUGAAAUCUAGUGAGGCAAAGCAAACUCUAAGCGAUGCAGAAACUGUGAUAAUCCACGAAUUAACGAAUGACGUUAAACGGUCUAGUGCACUAGAUUGUGCUUGUAAAAUGAACAAUCUCAUUGGUCUGAUCAAAGUGUCCUUCAAAUCAAUUAAGAUAGUUAUAUCUCUCGGCACGCCCCGAGAUGAUAACCAAUUGUAUCAGCAGCGUGUGGACAUGGCCAAUAGUAUGCUGAUGGCUGAUGCAUUAUAUGACAGAAGAGUUAAAACUGUUCAUCACAGAAACCUGCUCUACCGUGGAACAAUUAACACUAAUCUGUAUAGUGAUGAUCGUUAUCACCUUAGCAAGAAUGGAACUAGAGUUAUAGCAGGAAAUCUCCGGUGGGCAAUUGAAAGGAGCUCUUCACGAAAUAAACGAUAGACUUCUUGUUUAAGGUCUAUCUGAGGACCGAGAAACGUGAAUACACCUUAUGACUGAAAGAAAAAAUAUUCAAAUUUGUUAUUGGAAUGUAAAUGGGAUACAUAAGAGAUGGGACGGGGUUAAAUCUUCCUCAAAAUUGGAAGAAGAGGAUUUUGUCAACGUUUUUAAUUCAUAUGAUAUUGUUUGUCUGGCAGAAAUAAAAAUAGGGCCGAAGGAAAAUAUGUCUUUACAAGGAUAUGUCAAUAAAGUAAUAUGCAGGAAGAAACAUAAAAAUGC